AUGAUGCAUCUUCUUUAUGACCGCUUUUGGGCCUGGGUUCUUCUUAUGAGCACCUUAUCUGGAAAAAGCUAUGGACAAACUUCCUUACAAGAUGAAAUAAAGGACAACACAACUAUAUUCACCCGAAUUCUGGAUCGUUUACUUGAUGGUUAUGAUAACCGUCUAAGACCAGGAUUGGGAGAGCGUGUAACUGCAGUGAAGACUGACAUCUUUGUUACCAGCUUUGGUCCUGUUUCAGAUCAUGAUAUGGAAUAUACAAUAGAUGUAUUUUUCCGACAAAGCUGGAGAGAUGAAAGGCUGAAGUUCAAAGGACCAAUGCAAGUACUUCGACUGAAUAAUUUAAUGGCUAGCAAAAUAUGGACACCAGAUACAUUUUUCCACAAUGGAAAGAAAUCAGUAGCUCACAACAUGACUAUGCCUAACAAACUUUUGCGAAUUACAGAAGAUGGGACACUGCUUUACACAAUGAGACUUACAGUGAGAGCAGAAUGCCCAAUGCAUUUAGAAGACUUUCCCAUGGACGCACACGCUUGCCCAUUGAAAUUUGGAAGCUAUGCUUACACAAAAUCUGAGGUGAUUUAUGAAUGGACCCGUGAACCUGCACACUCUGUUGAAGUUGCUGAAGAUGGCUCUCGACUGAAUCAAUAUGAUCUCAUGGGACAAACAGUGGAUUCCGGAAUUGUGCAAUCCAGCACAGGGGAAUACGUUGUGAUGACUACCCAUUUUCACCUGAAGAGAAAAAUUGGGUAUUUUGUCAUUCAAACAUACCUGCCAUGCAUAAUGACAGUAAUUCUAUCCCAGGUAUCUUUCUGGCUUAACAGAGAAUCAGUUCCAGCAAGAACUGUGUUUGGUGUGACAACUGUGCUAACAAUGACCACCUUAAGCAUAAGCGCACGGAAUUCUCUUCCCAAGGUAGCUUAUGCUACAGCUAUGGAUUGGUUCAUAGCUGUGUGCUAUGCAUUUGUCUUCUCGGCUCUGAUCGAAUUUGCCACAGUGAACUACUUUACAAAGAGAGGUUAUGCAUGGGAUGGCAAGAGUGUAGUUCCAGAAAAGCCAAAGAAAGUGAAGGAUCCUCUCAUUAUGAAAAACAACUCCUUUACAGCACCAGUAACAGCAACCAGCUUUACCCCAAAUAUUGCAAGAGACCCUGGACUAGCUACCAUUGCUAAAAGCGCAACGAUAGAGCCCAAAGAUGUGAAAGCUGAAACAAAGCCACCUGAACCCAAGAAAACCUUUAACAGUGUCAGCAAAAUUGAUCGACUAUCAAGAAUAGCGUUUCCACUGCUCUUUGGGAUUUUUAAUUUAGUGUACUGGGCUACUUACUUAAAUAGGGAGCCCCAGCUUAAGGACCAAAACCCUCCAUACUAG